AUCAGAUCAUGAGAUUAUCGUGCUGAUUUCAGAUUGGCCGUUCAUGUCACGGACGUAACGUGUGAGCUGAACGGUUGGUAACGGAACAGGCUUUGGCGCACGCACACGGCGUAAGGGAUGGAGAGCAAGAAGAGAAAGGGAAUUUUGGAGCGCCUGAAUGCUGGAGAGGUGGUUGUGGGUGACGGAGGUUACGUACUGCAGCUGGAGCGGCGUGGCUAUGUGAAGGCGGGGCAUUGGACACCCGAGGCUGCUGUUGAACAUCCUGAAGCAGUGCGGCAGCUGCACAGGGAGUUUCUGAGAGCAGGAGCCAGUGUGAUUCAGACAUUCACCUUCUACUGCAGUGAGGAUAAGCUGGAGAUCAGUGGCAAUGUCACCGACAUCACGGGGGCCCAGAUCAAUGAAGCAGCCUGUGAUCUGGCCAGGGAGGUCGCCAAUGAGGGCAAUGCAUUGGUCGCUGGGUGUGUGUCUAAGACUCCAUGUUAUGUGACGACUCACAGCGAGAAGGAGGUCAAAGCGAUCUUUAAGAAACAGAUGGAUGACUUCCUCAAGAAGGACAUCAACUUCUUUAUAGUGGAGUUUGUUGACCACGUGGAAGAGGCAGUGUGGGCAGUGGAGGUGCUGAAGACCAGCGGCAAACCAGUGGGUGCAACUCUGUGCAUCUCACCUCAUGGAGACAUGCAGGGAGUCCCGCCUGGAGAGUGUGCUGUCAGGCUGGUCAAAGCUGGAGCUGACAUUGUUGGAGUGAACUGCCACCUGGACCCUCUGACGUGUGUGCGCACAGUGAAGUUGAUGAAAGAGGGGUUAGAGAAAGCUGGUCUCAAAGCCCACCUCAUGGUCCAGCCGCUGGGCUUUCACACACCUGAGUGCAACAUAGGCGGAUACACCAGCCUUCCCGAGUACCCCUUCGCCCUGGAGACCAGAGCGAUGACCCGCUGGGACAUCCAUAAAUACGCCAGAGAGGCUUACAAUGUUGGAAUUCGUUACAUUGGUGGCUGCUGUGGAUUUGAGCCCUACCAUAUCCGAGCUAUAGCAGAGGAGCUGGCUGCAGAGAGAGGAUUCCUCCCACCAGCUUCAGAGAAGCACGGACUCUGGGGAGCUGCUCUGGAGAUGCACACCAAACCCUGGGUCAGAGCCAAGGCUUGUCGAGAGUACUGGGAGAACCUUUUGCCUGCUUCUGGACGUCCCAAAUGCCCUUCGAUGUCCACACCAGGCGAUAAUUAUGAAAAAGAGCUGGAAUUUAACAAGCAAACCUAAUCUCAUGCACACACCAUACAGUUUGGUGAAUCCUCUAUACGUCCAAUCAGUCCAAUCAGAUUAUCCACUUUGUGAAGGGUUGUGUUAACCAGAUAUUUGUUCAAAAACACAUCUCAUUAUGUCCACUGUUUUAUUGUCCAUUAUGUCUGUCCACUCUGCUCAGCCGCAUCACCGAAUCAGCUGCUUGCCUUUCUUUUUUCUGUGUUGGUUUGACCCACCCCUGAACCUAAUAACUAAAUUAUACAUAACAACAGUUAGAUUUUACUGGUUAAUACAGUUCUCAAUUAAUCAUUUUCAUUGACUCAUCAUAUUUGUUGAUUGAUUUGUGUAAUCUGCUGAUAAAUAAUUUAAUAAAAAAGAAAUGAAA